CAAUCAGAGCGAGGCGGAGCGGCGGGGCGCGAAUGGGGCGGCGAGGCAUUGUGGGAGUUGUAGUUCUGCCGCGGUCACGUGAGGGGGCGGAGGGGGGCGGGAGGACUCCACUUCCCAGCGUGCUCAGCGGCGGAGCGGAACCGGAGCGGCGGAGGCCCCCCCGCAUGCGGGCUCCCGUCCUGCUCGCCACCCGCCGGGCGCUGGCAGCCAUGGCCGAGGGCCCGCUGGCCCGCGCCAUCCGCACCAAGCUCACGGCCGCGCUGCAGCCCACGCACCUGCAGGUCCUGGACGACUCCCCCCGGCACGGGGGCCCCCCCGGCGCCGAGAGCCACUUCUCGGUGGUGGUGGUGAGCGGGCGCUUCGCCGGGCUGUCCCCGCUGCAGCGGCACCGCCUGGUCCACGCCGCGCUGAGCGCCGAGCUGGCCGGACCCCUGCACGCGCUCGCCAUCGUCGCCAGGACCCCCCAGCAGUGGGACAGCGACCCCCGCGUGCCCCCCCGCCCGCCCUGCAUGGGGGGGUCCAAGCACGAGCAGGAUGCGGCCGCGCACGGGGAGCAGUGACGGCGGGGACGCCGCGGUGGAGCAUGAAUGGGGGGGGGUAUUGGGGUGACCCCCCCCCAACCCUGCAUUGCACCCAGACACCCGCCCAACCCCACCCGACCUCCCCCUGACCCCUCUGGGGGGUGGCAAAAAUACUGGGGUGACCCCCCCCCAGCAUUGCACCCCUGGACCCCACCCGACCUCCCCCUGGCCCCUCUGGGGGGGGGUAAAAAUAUCGGGGUGACCCCCCCCACACCCUGCACUGCAUCCCUGGACCCCACCCGACCUCCCCCUGACCCCUCUGGGGGGGGUAAGAAUAUUGGGGUGACGCCCCCCCCAGCAUUGCACCCCUGGACCCCACCCGACCUCCCCCUGACCCCCCUGGGGGGGUAAAAAUAUUGGGGUGAUGCCCCCCCCUGCACUGCAUCCCUGGACCCCACCCGACCCCACCCAACCUCCCCCUGACCCCUCUGGGGGGUGGCAAAAAUAUUGGGGUGACCCCCCCCAUCACACCCAGACACCCCCUGGGUCCCACCCUGACCCCAAAAAUCCACCCCAGUUACCCCCUUGGUGGGGGGGAUGAUGAUAUUAGGGUAACACCCCCCCCCUCCCCCAUGACACUCAGCCACCCCCUGACCCAAAUUUAGGGAGGGUUAAAAAUGCUGGGGUGACCCCUCCCCAACCUGCAUUGUACCCCCUGACCCCCCCCCUCAUUUUAGUGGGAUCUAGGGGGUGACCCCCCAUUUGAUUCUUCAAUGGAUUCAGCCCAGAAAUAAACACCCCCCGCGGGGGAGCUCAGA